AUGGCGCCCGCCGCGUUCGACGCCGAGGCCGGCGGCCCGGCGAUCGUGCCCGCCGCGGGCAACGGCACGCACAAGCCCGCCCCGGGUGCCGACGCGGACGCCGGCGCCGCCUUCGUGCUCGAGUCUAAAGGUACGUACCCCCACCGCGCGCGCCUCUCCCGCAAUGACCCAGCUGUGAUUCGAUCCUAUUCCGCCGUUUCUCAUCCGUCGGCCGCAGGGACCUGGUGGCACGCGGGGUUCCAUCUGACGACGGCGAUCGUCGGGCCGACGGUGCUGACGCUGCCGUACGCGCUGCGUGGGAUGGGGUGGGCGCUCGGCCUCACCGCGCUCUCCCUCGUCGCCGCCGUCACCUUCUACGAGUACUCCCUCAUGUCCCGCGUCCUCGACCACUGCGAGGCGCGCGGCCGCCGGCACAUCCGCUUCCGCGAGCUCGCCGCCGACGUGCUCGGCUCCGGCUGGAUGUUUUACUUCGUGGUGAUUGUGCAGACGACCAUCAACACCGGCGUCAGCAUCGGCUCCAUCCUUCUGGCCGCCGAUUGCAUCGAGAUCAUGUACUCGAGCCUUGCUCCCAAUGGUCCCCUAAAGCUCUACCACUUCAUCAUCAUCGUGGCUGUGGUGCUGGCUUUCCUCUCCCAACUACCAUCAUUUCACUCGCUGCGGCACAUCAACUUCGCCUCACUACUCCUAUGCUUGGGCUACACGAUCCUUGUAUCUGCUGCUUGCAUUCGAGCAGGUUUGUCGAAAGACGCCCCAGCCAAGGAUUACUCUCUAAGCUCAUCGAAAUCCGAGCAGACCUUCAAUGCCUUCCUAUCCAUUUCCAUCCUGGCCUCUGUUUUCGGCAAUGGCAUACUGCCUGAAAUCCAGGCCACGUUGGCGCCACCGGCUGCCGGGAAGAUGAUGAAGGCUCUGGUGCUGUGCUACUCCGUCAUAGGCUUCACCUUCUACGUCGCGUCGAUCAGCGGAUACUGGGCGUUCGGCAGCCAGGUCCAGUCCAACGUCCUGAAGAGCCUCAUGCCGGACUCCGGCCCAUCCCUCGCGCCGACCUGGCUGCUUGGCACCGCCGUCCUCUUCGUCCUCCUCCAGCUCCUCGCCAUCGGGCUCGUCUACUCGCAGGUGGCGUACGAGAUCAUGGAGAAGAACUCGGCGGACGUGACGCGGGGCAAGUUCUCGCGGCGGAACCUGGUGCCGCGGCUGCUGCUGCGGACGCUCUACCUGGCCUUCUGCGCGUUCAUGGCCGCCAUGCUGCCCUUCUUUGGCGACAUCGUCGGCGUGGUCGGAGCCGUUGGGUUCAUCCCGCUGGACUUCGUUCUCCCCGUCAUCAUGUACAACAUCGCGCUCGCGCCGCCGAGGAGGUCCCCCAUGUACAUCGCCAACACGGCUAUCAUGGUCCUCUUCGUAGGCGUCGGGGCCAUUGGCGCCUUCGCGUCUAUACGGAAGCUCGUGCUAGACGCCGGCCAGUUCAAGCUCUUCAGCAACAACGUCGUCGACUGAAGCACUGUAGAAUAAGUUUGUUAGGCGCCUAAUUGAGGUAUAGCGAAGUAAUUAAUCAGGCUACGUUUCCUUACUCCGUAGAGCUAGUUGUAAACAGUUCACAAGUACGUACGCGCCCAUCGAUUGAGUGUACACUAGGUACAGUAUAAUGUACGGGUCAUGUAAAUGGAAUGUGUUACGAGAAAUGCAAUAUACAGGUAGUGUCAGAGCA